AUGGGCGAUCGACAGCAGUUCGUCGUGGCUGCUAAGGUCAAUGGAAAGUAUCGCAUGGUCGCCAGUGUCCACCACCAGUCGAUCUAUGGACGUACCUCCCUUCGCCAAUGUCUCAGUAUCCUCAAGAUAUUGUCUGCUGCUUGCAACCUCCCAAAUAUCCGUCGAGAGCUGGCCGACGCAGCAUCAUCUGUCAAGCCGUCUAUAUCGUUGGACGCCUACCCCUUCAUAUCAACCGCACUCAUCGUCGGCUCGUCAUAUCAUGAAGAAGGCAGUUACACGGCAAACGUCUUACCACACAAACUCGACGUUUCAUGGGACACUUUCCCAACUGACGAAGGCAUCGUUGUCUUCGACAUCACGGACCCCUCUACACCUCGCUACGGAUACCUUUGGCUCGGUGGUGAUAUAUCCCGUGCCCAGUACGUCUCUCGUUUACCGCUCAUGACAGUCAUGACGGCUGCCAAGUACAGCAGCGGAUACUACAAUGUCGCCGAGUUGGCAAGAAACAACGUCAAUGGUAUCUUGGCGGAGCUCAGGGGCUUCUGUCUGAUCGAUGUCGCGAUGCUCCGGGACUUGUGGCCCAACAGCAAGUUCAGAGACACGAAAAAGCCGUCAUCGCCUCCAGACCUACAGGUGCUAUCUCUUGAGGAUUUCGGAUCUGCUGUUAUCGACGGGUAUUUGAAGGCUGAGCUGGCCGAGCUGCCAACGACUCAGGAGCUGAGAAAGUACCGCGAAUGCAUAGCGAAGAGGUUUGCAGCGGAUCCAUUGCUGCUCCACGACAAACGAGGCUGGGAGCUCUUCACACACUUCGUCGGCGGUGUGAACGAGGUCGAUCUCACACCUUUCGUCGACAUUAGAAUGGAACAGGUCAUGGCUAUUGUCAAGGCUGCUUCUGCACGAAAGAGUCUCACCCUCCACCUACCCAGCAACGACAGCAUCAACAUCGAGCACCUCAGGAGUAUUGUCAGCACGACCGCGGUGUGUGGCCUUCAUCUCGGACGCACGAAACAGGUGAAGCUCAAGCAAAUGCUCACAGAACUCUUCAAGGACACGAGUUUGACGAAACUCACCUCGCCUCUCAUGUUCUCCCGAGUCGUCCAGAUCACAUUUGGCCCCGACGAGAAUCUACAGCAAGCUCAAGUGCGCGUCACAGAGGCCUUCCCAAACGGAAUCGGCACGAGGUUUCCACUCAGACAAAUCGUCUACCUCACGUCGGUCGCGGAAGCCAAAGCAAAGCGUCUCGAAUCCGGCGGCCUUUGCUGGAAGCAACGCACAGCCAAAUCCCACAGCGUAGCCCUGUUCGUAAAAGACGCCCUGCUCUCGAUACACGAAAUGGUCAAGCUUGCCCCAGCAGCCCUGGCGAGACUGGCUACAGCCCAGGAAUGGCAGCUCGAGAGCCAACCAGUUGCCAAGAUCGUCUUGGGAAUCGCAAAGAUGCUUUCUAUUGAUGUGAGAGCGAUCUUUACCCCUGAGUCGUCCUCGUCCUCGUCAAGCUACUAA